UCAACUAAAUAUUAACACGCAGAGCAUUACAUACAUUUGCCAGGGGAGAGAGAUCCUAAUUCGACCAUUUAUGGCAAAUGUUAGAGGAAGAACAUCAGGGAUGCACAGGGGAGAGAGAUUGUCAACAUUCACGCCCACACGUGUGAAGAUUGUUCCUGGUUCUGGCUGGACAGAGGACUCUAAUGGCCAUUAUCUUCUUGUCGAUCUGGAAGGUUUCAACAAGGAGAAGGUGAAGCUGGAAGUGAAUACCACAGAGGGACAUCUAACAGUCACCGGAGAAAGGCAAGUGAACGUGAGGGAACAUGUCUAUAUUGAGGAAAAUUUUCCAAUACCAGCAAACUCAGAUGUCGAUAAGAUCACCGGAAAGUUUGAUGGUGAGAUUCUCUAUGUAACUGUACCAAAGGUUGUAGCAGUAGUACAAGAAAACAAGGAACCUGAAAUAGUAGAAGCAAAGGAGCCCGAAAUAAUUGUAGCAAAAAAGGAGCCUGAAAUGGUAGAAGCAAAGAUGGAGCCUGAAAUAGUACAACCAAAGAAGGAGCCUGAAAUAGUUCAAGAAAAACAAAGACCUGAAAUAAUAGAGAAUCAGAAGGUCGAAGCUGUUCAGGCAGCAGAAAACACACACCUAAGAGCGCCCAAAAACAAUGAUGGAAAGUACAGAGACAAAUAUGAUGGCACAAAUGACGCACAGCCAAACAGAUUAUUAGGCAAUGCUCGGAUAUACUUUUCUCCGGAGAAUAUACGGAAGUGGGAGGAAGAUAAAGGCAUUUUGAGAAGUGCAAUGGAGGUGUUGAGCAAAAACAAAGGGAUGGUUAUAACAGCUAUAGUAGCAUUCUCGUUAGGGAUGUUAAUAUCUCAAAAGUUCAAAACAGGGGAAUGAUCUAAGAUAAGCCGGUGUGUGUGAAUAAGUUGUGUAGUACUUUCUCACUGUAAUCUCUUGUUUAUACCAUAUUGUACGAUCUCUAACAUGUACAUAUGUAAUGAAUAAGAAUUUCAAUGAAUUAUCCAUCUUUA